CAGAAUAAUAUUUACAACAUUUUUACUACUCUUUUUCCGGCUGGUGAUUGGUCUGAAGUUGAGGCUCCGUACCGGCUGCCCAAUAGAACUCCUCGUGUAGCCUGGGGAGGUGUGGGGAGUUGGGUACGAGGUUGGGUUCCCACUAGCUACCUGACGGAGCACGUAGCCCCUUGUGGUGGAGGUGUCGGCGACUACCAGCGGGACGAGGUGGCCUAUCCUUGGUACCAUGGCGCCGUCUCGAGACACGCGGCCGAACAACUCCUUCGCAGCGGCAUAACUGGCUCCUACCUCGUGCGAGAAUCCGAAUCAGCGCCGGGUCAGCUCUCUGUUACUGUACGCAAUCUAGGCCGAGUAUACCACUAUCGGAUUAGCAGGGACUCUUCUGGAUGGGUAAGUAAAGGUCUUAAUAUGCAUUUGUAUUUCUGCUUUUCCUUUUUUUAA